AUUUGAGCAACACGUCAAAGUGUGUCGGCGGCUAAUACAAAAGGUGCGUUACGAGAAUGAAUGAGGGCAAAGCAAAGGAUGUACUUGAACAUUUUGUGAAGCAUACGGAAAGAUGGAAUGCUCGUAGAUCCAAUAUCGUUCGAACCACAAACAAAAAAGCAGCAAAGGUUGCACUGGUAUCUGUUGGAUUUGCUGUUGCAAGUUAUCUAUAUUCCAUUUAUGCUAUUCGGAGAAAUCGAUAUCUGGAUGAAUCAUUUGAUCAGCAACCAUCGUACAGCCCUACAAAGCAAUGAAAAAAGUCGCAGUAUCAUUUUGUGGUAUGGUGCUUAAUUAAUGUUCAUAAGCAUCCUUCCAUUUGUGUUCGUCUCACCCUUAGAAUUAAUUUGAAUAUACACUUUCUUAAUUACUUGAUGAUCGUUUUAAUGUGACUCCUUAACUUGGUUUUGAAUGUUUUAUGC